UCCGGCCCGAUGCUGGCUCGCCAAUAAUGGUGGGGAAGGGAGGACCGGGCUGCCCGUAGCGGUGCCUGAGCCGGAAUGGAUCCCUCCCGGGAAUGCCCGUUUUCGGAGGACAGCUUCACCCGCUUCUCCUCCCAGAGCAACAUCUACGGGCUGGCCGCGCUGCCCGGGGCGGCCCGCGGGGGCGGGAGGGGCCCGGGGCAGGAGGAUUUCCCGAGGGGGGCGGGGCUGGGGCAGGAGGAGGUGGGGGUCUCCGAGGGGCCAGGGCAGACCUUGGGCGUCUCCAAGGCUCCGUGGCGCCCCGAAAGUGGGUCUGGGUCGGGCCUGGGGGUCCCUGUGCCCCCCGGGGGGUGCGGGGACGGGCCUGGGGGGCUCCUGGCUGCCACUCUGAAGGGGAAAGUGAUUUAUUUCCGCUACCAAGACCUGAGGCAGAAGCUGCGCCCCGUGGCCAGGGAGCUGCAGUUCACCUAUAUCCCAGUUGAUGCCGAAAUCGCCUCCAUUGACACUUUCAACAAAUCACCUCCCAAAAGGGGUUUGGUGGUGGGGAUCACGUUUAUUAAGGAUUCCGGCGACAAAGCCAGCCCCUUCCUUAACAUUUACUGCGACUAUGAGCCAGGAUCUGAAUACAACUUAGAUUCUAUCGCACAGAGCUGUUUGAACCUGGAACUGCAGUUUACCCCAUUCCAGCUGUACCAUGCAGAAGUCCAGGUUGCUGACCAGCCAGAGACGGUCUUCCUUUUGAGUGGCAAUGACCCUGCGAUCCACUUAUACAAAGAGAAUGAAGAGCUGCACCAGUUUGAGGAGCAGCCGGUGGAGAAACUCUUUCCUGAACUCAAGGAGCUGCCAAGCAACGUCCUCUGGUUAGAUGUGUACAACAUUCCAAACUCAGGGCAACGGAUCACGGCCUUUGGCUGCCAGAGCGGCUACAUCCGAGUCGCCCACGUUGAACCAGCCAGUCGAGUGGUGCUGCAGAGCUGGAACAUCCAGCAAGACGGUCCCAUCUCCAAAGUCCUGGUGUUUGCUCUGCCAGCUUCCUGCCCUCCAGGCGACCCCUCAGGAACCGUGGCUUCAAAUGGUAAUGCUGGCCCUCAGGCUCAGAGCUACAGUGUCCUUGUCACCAGCACUCUUGAACUGUCUGUUGUCUACAGGAAUGUGCUGCAGAGAGGCCUGGACGACCAGCUGGUCCUUCCCUUGAGUGACCAGUACGACAGCGUCCUGUGCGCCCUCGUGACCGACGUCAAUUUUGACCGUGAACCAGAGAUCCUUCUUGGCACCUAUGGGCAGGAGCUUUUGUGCUACAAGUACCGGGCCCCGGAUGCUACAGCGGGAGCCCAGCCCUCCAGCCCGUCUGACGGGGAGUUCCACCUGCUCUGGCAGCGCACUUUCCCCAGCCCCCUCCUCUGCAUGGAGUAUGUCGACCUUACCUGGGAUGGCCUCUGCGAACUGGCUGUGGUGUGUCUCAAAGGGCUGCAUAUCCUCCAGCACAGCCUGACGCAGACGGCCGAGUGCCUCUUAGAGCGGCUCCGGUUGAAAGUGGCCAGCCAGGCGGCUCAGAGGGCGCUUCCUGCGCAGCACCAAGAUGCCAAGCCUGAGAAUGGCGAUGGGAGAGGACCAAAGGAGUGAUGGGUGUAGCUGCCUGUUCG